CGCAGGUUCGGUGAAGUGUUGUGCCGCGGCCGCGUCCUGAGGGAGGCGGGAGCGCGGGGCUGCAAGGCCGCAGCGUGGAGGUCGCGUCCCGGCCGCGUCCCCGAGGUGGGUGCUUGGGGACCCUCUCUCCAUGCUCAGGCACCUGUGUCCACGGCACCGGCCCGUCCUGAGCUGCAGCUGGAGUAGGCUGUGCCUUCUGAAGCGGCGGCUCUUCACCAUGAAGUUAGAGUCUCCAGAGUUCCAGUCCCUUUUCACAGAAGGAUUGAAGAGCCUGACAGAGUUGUUUGUCAAAGAGAAUCACGAGCUGAGAAUAGCAGGAGGAGCAGUAAGGGAUCUGCUGAAUGGGGUCAAGCCUCAGGAUGUGGAUUUUGCCACCACRGCCACCCCGUCGCAGAUGAAGGAGAUGUUCCAGGCAGCCGGCAUCCGGAUGAUAAACAACAAGGGGGAGAAGCACGGGACCAUCACCGCCCGGCUUCAUGAAGAAAAUUUCGAAAUCACUACACUACGUAUCGAUGUYGUCACUGAUGGAAGACACGCCGAGGUGGAGUUCACGACCGACUGGCAGAAAGAUGCUGAGCGCAGAGAUCUCACUAUAAAUUCUAUGUUUCUAGGUUUUGAUGGUACCUUAUUUGACUACUUUAAUGGCUAUGCAGAUUUAAAAAAUAAGAAAGUUAAAUUUGUUGGGCAGGCUAAGCAGAGAAUACAAGAAGAUUAUCUUCGAAUUUUAAGAUAUUUCAGGUUUUAUGGCAGAAUCGUGGACAAACCCGGUGACCACGAUCCUGAGACUCUGGAGGCCAUCACAGAAAAUGCUAAAGGCUUGGGUGGGAUAUCGGGAGAGAGGAUUUGGGUGGAACUGAAGAAAAUCCUUACUGGUGACCACGUAAAUCAUUUGAUUCACCUCAUCUAUGAUCUUGAUGUGGCCCCUUACAUAGGCUUGCCUGGCAGCGCGGGUCUGGAAGAGUUCGACAGGGUCAGUGGGAGCGUGGAAGGCUUCGCACCAAAGCCCAUGACUCUCCUGGCCUCGCUGUUCAAAACACAGGACGACGUGACAAAGUUGGAUCUGAGGCUGAAGAUUUCAAGAGAGGAGAAGAAUCUUGGCUUGUUUCUGGUGAAACACAGGAAGGACUUGAGGAGGGCGGACGGCCCCGAGCCCCUGAAGCCCUACCAGGACUUCGUCAUAGACUCUAGGGAGCCGGACGCGGCGGCCCGUGUGUGUGAACUGCUCAAGUACCAGGGCGAGCACGGUCUCCUCCGGGAAAUGCAGUGCUGGUCGGUGCCCCCCUUCCCCAUCAGUGGCCACGACAUCAGGAAGGUGGGCAUUUCCUCGGGAAAGGAGAUCGGGGCUCUGCUGCAGCAGCUGCGCGAACAGUGGAAGAAAAGUGGCUACCGGAUGGAGAAGGAGGAGCUCCUCAGUCACAUCAAGAAGACGGAGAGCUGACCCGGAGCCCGCCACGCCACGGCGGCCGGUAAACGGGCUCUCCUUCCGCCUCCCCUGAUGAGGUUUAGGAGGCGACAGCGGCUUUCAAGCUGGUUCACAGGAAAUCUUGACAAUGACUGUGAAACUGUGAAAGGGUGUCUGCCUCCUCCCAGAGUGGUCUGGCUGUACCUAGCGUUCUUGGAAAAGUAGGGUCGGAUGUCCCCAGAGGGUGGUGGUCCUACCAUCUGGUAACUGCCUUGAACAGGAAAAGUUAAUGUCUGCCGAGGGGAUGACCACCCGGGCUGCUCUGUACAGUGAUGGCCUCUGAUGGGUUCCGGGUCCUGUACGAGAUCCAAAAUGAAGGUUGCCCGGUGCCUGAGACACCUGACACACUUGGAUUAAGACUCCCGUGUAACACACGAGUGCUUGUGGGUGGCGCGCACAGCAGUGUGGGUGGGUUUUACUGUGGAGGUGGAGGUGAAAGUGGUGGUGUCCUAACCCUAUGCAUCCUUGAGCCUGUUAUUUUAAUAAAACAGUCACUUUG